UGCAAUGCAAUGCCACUUUGUCUACGAUGGAAGAUGUUGUCGAGUCUCCAGAUCCUUCAUCAUCAAUCUCUCCUCUGGAAUGCACCUACAGCAUUACUGUCUAUCCUGGCUAUGGUGUGGAAAUUCAGGUGAGGAAGACUAACCUUUCCAAGGACGAAUCUCUGAUGAUUAUGGGUUAUGGAAGUUCAGGGCUGGAGCUGUUGGCCAAUGAGACCUUGAUGAAAGAAGGCCAGGUGAUUCGCAGCGCGACCAAUCGGGUGUCGAUUCACUACCGGAGUCUCCGACAGUCCAACCAUGGCACCUUCAGCCUCCACUACCAAGCCUUCCUGCUGUCCUGCCCUUUCCCAAUGUCCCCUGAAGGUGGCGGAGUGACAGUGACAGACAUCCAUCCCGGAGGCCAGGCACACUUCCACUGCGAUCCAGGUUUCCAGAUCCGAGGCCACGAGGUGGCGACGUGUGUCAACACCACGCAGCCUCGUUGGAGCAUGCCUGAGCCUCACUGUGUUGCUGUGUCUUGUGGUGGAUGGAUUCGUAAUGCAACGGUGGGACGCAUCCUGUCUCCACCUCCUACUUCUGUCAGCAACCACAGUAAUGGAAACAACCUGAGCUGUCACUGGUUGAUAGAAGCCAAGGAAGGACACAAACUCCACCUCCACUUUGAAAGGAUUGCAAUGGAUGAAGAUGACGAUAAGUUAAUUGUCCGGAGUGGAAACAGUUCUCUGUCCCCGCUGCUCUUCGACUCUGACAUGGACGAUGUCCCAGAGCGUGGGUUGCUGAGCGAGGGCUCCACGCUGUACCUGGAGCUCACAGCAGAUUCUUCCUCCAUCCCUCUGCUGCUCGCCAUGAGAUAUGAAGCUUUUGAUGAUGAGCACUGCUGGGAGCCCUACAUGCCUCAUGGAAAUUUCAGCAGCAGCGAUAUCUCCUAUCAGCUAGGAACCAUCGUGAGUUUCUCCUGUUCUCCGGGUUUUGUCAUGGAACAGGGUUCAGGGACUAUUGAGUGUGUCGAGCCUGGCAAUCCCCACUGGAACGACAGCGAACCUGUGUGCAAAGCUCUGUGUGGAGGGGAGCUGACCGAUGCCUCUGGGACCAUCCUGUCCCCCGACUGGCCCCAGAGCUACUCCAAGGGGCUGGACUGUGUUUGGCAGAUCCACGGUAACGAGGAGAAACGCAUUGAGCUGGAUGUCCGGAUCUUGAAUAUUCGCCACACGGAUGUGCUGACCAUCUUCGACGGACGUGACCUCAUGUCGCACGUGAUCGGACAAUACCUGGGCUCCAGAGAGCGUUUCAAGGUCAUAUCUGGAGGGUCAGAGGUCACCAUUCAGUUUCAGAGUGAUCUAGAUGAUUCCAGUUUUAUCCUGAGCCAAGGCUUCCUCGUUCAUUAUCGAGAGGUCGAGCCUAAUGACACCUGCCCCACCCUCCCUCAAAUUGACUUUGGCUGGAUCAGCUCGUCCCACUCCUCCCCGGUGAGGGGCAGCGUGCUGACCUAUCAGUGCCAACCAGGGUAUGACAUCAGCGGCUCAGACAUCAUCACCUGCCAGUGGGACCUAUCCUGGAGCAGCUCUCCGCCUACUUGUGUUAAAGUCCAGCAGUGUCCUGAUCCAGGAGAGGUGGUGAACGGAGCGCGCUCUGUGCGUCCUGAAGCAGGUUUUGCAGUUGGGACAGUUGUGCGUUUCUCUUGCAACCAAGGAUACCAACUGGAGGGUCCCAGCCAGAUCACCUGCCAUGGACGAGACACCGGCACCCCCAAAUGGAGCGACCGCAGCCCAAAGUGUGUCUUAAAAUAUGACCCAUGCCCAAACCCUGGAGUCCCCGACAACGGSUACCAAACGUUGUACAAACACAGCUACCAGGCCGGAGAGACUCUGCGUUUCUUCUGCUACGAGGGCUAUGAACUCAUCGGUGAGGUCAUUAUCACAUGUGUUCCCGGCCACCCCUCUCAGUGGAACAACCCGCCCCCCUUUUGCAAAGUGGCAUAUGAAGAGCUUUUGGAUGAUCACAAAUCAGAAGUGUCUCAGUCUUUCAAGCCGUCCCAUCAGAUCCUGAGUGAAAACAUCGCCUUGGCAAUAAUCCUGCCCAUCAUCCUGGUCAUCCUCCUGAUUGGUGGAAUUUAUAUGUACUAUACAAACAUUUGUAGACUAGAAUGGAAGCCGCUCUUCUGGAAGUCUCUGUCUCACACACACUCCUACAGUCCCAUUACAGUCGAGUCGGACUUCAACAACCCGCUCUACGAAGCCGGGGACACACGGGAGUACGAAGUCUCCAUUUAAGGAUCAUUUCUGAGUGAGAAUUGAAACCACAGAAGCAUUAAAUUCUGAAAGAAGACAAAGUCCUUUUGUACAAAAAGGCCUCACUCCUCCUGUUUUAUUUAUUUAAUAUGUUUUGUCAUCAUUGUAUAGCAGGUUUAGCAGUUGUAAAAAUGCUUCAUUUUGAUGAGUUGCACUGAAAAGGUCAUCAGCCAAAUGUGAGUCCUGCUUAAUAAUCUAACUUUCUGAGUCAUCGGGACUGGUGCCUUAUGAAGGGUAUGAAAUUGACAAUUAAAACAAAUAAAUAACUAUGGGGUACCUAAAUGUGAAUAUAUGAGAAGAGAACAAGGCAGAGAGAAAGUCUAAUUUUAUUUUUCUUUCACUUCUUUUUUGUAAAAUCAUUCUGAGGCCAAAAUAUUAGAGAGCAUGGCAAUACUUUGUGUCACAAUCAAAAGUUAGUCAUGAUCUUGUACCUCUUCAUGCUGAAUGUUUCUUUUUCGAUUCAUUAAGUGGUUCUUAUUCUUUCAAAGUGUCACAAUAAAGGGGAAAAAAUACCUUUAUUUUCAGUCGUGAGAACAAGUUUUGAAACCAACAGUCUUUCCCUUACUUUUCGCGUGUAACAAAAUCACACAAUUUGAAUGUAAAUAUUAUCUGACUUAAUAUUUGCUGAGGUGGAUUAGCCUCAAACAUAUAUAAAUAUAUAUAUAUACUUAAACAUGGAGGCAGGAGGUUCUAUAUUUUCAUUAUAUACACAUAAUGAAAAUUUUGUGCCAAAAUAUGAUGUUGAAUAAUUUUAAUGUCUUUUAGUGUUUUAUCUGUUGUUGGAGUAGUGUUUACAAAGGCAGUCUUUAUUUUUAUUUAUUGCUGUUUCUGCAGUCGUCACCCAGCAUCCCACCACACAGCGUAACGGAAAAGGCGAGGACAUGAAUGUCAUUACGCUUCGAGCAUGCACUGAUUGUAAAUUAUAUUGCCUAAUGCUCUAUCUCUCCAUCCUCAUCAUUCUAGUUACUGAAGGGUAUCAUUGUUUUCAAAUUUGAUGUUGUAUGCACUCUGUUGAUGCCAAACUCCAAAUCUGGCUGCUUGCUGUGAUGCAUUAUGUAUUUAUUUAUAAACGAUUGUUUGAACAGUGAAUGUGAUAUAUUCACUGUGCCAUACGAGGGAUCCUGAAGACUGUUGCUUUGUUGACUUCACUCUUCUCUUGCCAUCAGUAGCAUUUCUUUGCUUCAUAUAUAAAUACACUCUUUUGAAGACAGUAAAUCAUUUGCUGAAUUGGAAAUAAAGUCUUUGUUGAAUGGUG